CUGAACACUGAAUGGGCUCAAGUGGAAUCUAUCGACCUGAUAAACGAUGGAUCCGGACUUGGCUUUGGAAUCAUCGGUGGCCGUAGUACCGGAGUAGUUGUCAAAACCAUUCUCCCGGGAGGUGUGGCUGACAGAGACGGGAGACUGCAGAGCGGGGACCACAUCCUGCAGAUCGGGGAAGUGAACCUGCGCGGCAUGGGCUCCGAGCAGGUCGCCAUGGUCCUCCGGCAAUCCGGCUCUCACGUCCGGCUGAUCGUGGCCCGCCCUGUCGAUCCGGCAUCUUGCGCCUCGCUGCGUAGCCACGCUCCUUUGGUGCCCACUCGUAUCCUGGCCGAUCCGGAAGAAGUUGAGAAGCAUCUGGCCAUGUUCUCGCAGAAUGGAUUCUCUGAACCCAGUCCUUACAAGGGCCCAGCCACCGUCGAUGCAGCUUUCGCAUACCAGAGGGAGCUGGGAGCUCCUGAAUACGCACCGCCAGAAGCUGCGUUCUCGGCAACCGAUGGACGGGUGGGAGUUCGAGAGAAGGACCUAGCAGACGAUCAGCCAGAGAUGGAAACUUUCGAAGUGGAACUAGUCAAAGACCAACAAGGACUUGGAAUUACCAUUGCUGGAUACGUAUGUGAAAAAGGUAGGUGUUUUGUUACAUUUUUUUAA